AUGAUGGAUCCACCUAGCCAUUUCAAGGGAAACCAGACACUACUUCGAGGUAUCUAUCUCAAAAAAUGUUUUCUAUCUCCCACGUUUCUUCCUAACGUUUCUCCAAUCUCCCACUGGUUUUCUCCUCUCUCUUUCUCACUUCGAUUUUCUGCACAUCGAUGUUUUAUACUUCUUUCCAUAAUUCCUCUCUCUCGCUCUCUCUCUCUCUCACACACACACACACACACACAAAGACACACACACAAACAGUGUCUGUCUGUCUACCUGUCUGUCUGUCUCUCUCUCUCAAGUCACUCCUCUUCUUACCGUUAUUUUCGACUCGCGUUUUACUUUUUCCUUCAUUUUUAUCUAUUUUUCUUACUGUUUUUCUUUUUUAUCCCAUUUCUUUCUCUCUCUCUCUCUCUCUCUCUCUCUCUCUCUCUCUCUCUCUCCUCUAUUUACUCUGCAGCUUUCCUUUGA